UCGCCGAGCAGAGUCGUGCGGAGCACCGCGUCAGGGCUCCGCGUCAGAGACUCCCGCGACCGCACGAACGCUCCGCCGUACGCCUCGGCCGCGCCGACCGCGCGCCGUACACGUCUCCCUCCAGGACGACGACGACCGCGGCCAUGUCCAAGUCCACGGUGCUGCUGGCCGCCCUGGUGCUGGUGUCCGCCAGCCAGGCCGCGCAGCAGUCCGCGCCCACCAAGAAGGUGAUGCUGCGCGUCAUGUACGAGUCCCUGUGUCCGGACUCCAUCCAGUUCAUCAAGGAGCAGCUGGCGCCGACCUUUGAGACGCUGGGGUCGCAGCGGAUGGUGGUGGAGUUCGUGCCGUACGGCAAAGCAUCGACGCACGCCUCGGACACGGGCUACGCGUUCCGCUGCCAGCACGGGCCCAGCGAGUGCCGCGGCAACAAGCUGCAGGCGUGCGGCUUGGCGCGCCUGCUCGGCGACAACAAGAAGCAAGUCAAGUUCGUCCAGUGCGUCAUGUCGCAGACCAACCCGUCGGUGCCCAGCGAGAAGUGCAUGACCGAGGUCGGCCUCAGCGCAGGCGAGGUCAAGGACUGCGCCUCGGGCAGGGAAGGCCAAGUGCUGCUGGCCGGCAUGGGCGAGAGGACGCCGCGCGACAUCAGCUUCGUGCCCACCGUCAACUUCAACGGGAAAUUCAGCGAGACCGACCAGGACCAGGCGCUGUCAAACCUGCUCCACGUGGUGUGCGACAAGCUGGCGCCCAACGACCGGCCCGAGGCUUGCAAACGCAAGAAAGGCUUGGGGUGGUUCUUCUGGGGGUGACGCUUGCGCGCACGGACCGAGACAAGCCGAGACAAGCCGAGACAAGCGAACGCAGACUCGCAGACUGACGAGACGCACUGGCAGAUGACUGCCCCUUUCCGCCCUCUCUGAGUGACGAAGGACGGAAACCUCCUAGAAUAGCAACCAAAGUACCUGCUGUGUCCCAUUAAUUUAUUUCAUGCUCAAUAAAUGUCAUCCUUCAUGAGACUGUCGCCCGUCAUGAAACCCGCUAAGCUUCCUUCAUUCUACAUAACCACGAACCAUGACGACAAUCAGGUGCGAGCCUGAUAAAACUAGAGCAGACAGACGGCCCCCUGUCUCUGUCGCACUCGUUUUCAGGCAGCCUCCGUAGCAACAUGUCGCGAGCGUCCUGGGUCAUCUUUACCGUCGCCUUCGCGGUGCUGGUCUGCCUGGCCGCACACGUGCUGGGCCAGGCGAACAACUGCACUGUAAACGGGCGCUUCAACAGCACCGCGUGCUCCAGGUCGUACAACUUGUGCUUUCAGCAGACCAACGGCAAUUUCAGCCAGUGGACAUACAAUUGCCCGGGCACCACCAUCUUCAACCCGAUCAACCAGAAGUGCGCACUCACCGUCGCUGGAUGCUGAUUCCAUAAUCCAAUAAAAUGAAGCGUGAUAAAAUGAUAAGUAAAGUUGCUGAUGUAUAGCACUACUGUAGUUUAAGAUCCUUGACCUUUUGAGCAUGCUAGGAAUCAAAAAAUAAAUAUAUAAAUGGUA